AUGCGCGCAAGCCUCCUCGCCGGGGGACUCGACCAUCCUGUUGAUCCUGUUGCCUCUGCUGUAGCUGAGCCAGCCGCCAGUGUCACCGGGCACCUCGGCCAGAGUCAAGACGUCGACGCCGUCGCCGCUGUUCUCGCUGGUCUCAAGGGCCGCCUCGGUGUACUUGGCCCUGAUUCUGCGGUCAAUGACGUGCAUUCCGCGCGUCCACUGGCCAGAGGUCUCGAUGCGAAUGUCCUCGGGCUUCGCGACAGGCUUCCACUUGGGGUCGGACUGCGUCAGCAGGUACCAGAUGGUCAGUGGGUCAUGCAGAGAGAGACCGGGCUCCUGGCCGUUUCCUUCCAUGGAAUCGAUCUUCUCAAAGGUCUUGGACAUGAAGUGGUCAACCCACUGGCCAAGAGGGCUGCCGGACUCCACGAUGGGCUUGAUGCGCUCCGUGAAGUAGUUCUUCAUGAGGAGAUGGGGCGUGGUGAUGUCGAGAGGGAAGAGCGUCAGCUUCAGAGGCUUGGAGAGCUUGGCCGGGUAAGGCGGGAGAGAAGACUUCUUGUCCGAGAUGGGAGGCAUGGUCGACCGAGGGUUGGGGGAGGUCAGAGCAAAGACUCUAGCCGCCGCAACCGUGUCGGCAAAGGUGUUGAAUUCGCCGACGGGGGUGAUGUUACCCUCGACGUGGACUGCACCGCCCAUGACGCACAGCUCCUUGACGCGGAGGAAGGUCUCGGGGUCCUCGGCGGCGGCGAGUGCGACGUUCGUCAUAGGCCCGACGACGCAAAUGGAAAUGGUGUUUGGGGGGUUCUCCCGGAGGAUGCGCAGAAUCUCCUUGUGUGCAACCUGCUUGGCGGGCGUGAAGUAUUGGUUGAAUGGGGACGGGUCGUGGUCAACGUCCUUCUCCGUGUGGAAAAGCGACUUCCACCUCUCAUCAGGGGAAAGGUGAGGGUGUCUCUCGUGCACGCCGUGUAA